CCACUCCCUUUCCUAUUUUUCGCUUUGCGUGCAUUCUUAUCAACUUGUGAAGAAAGCUACAAAUAUCAUUAAAUAAGGACCCAACUUUCUUGUGCCUUCUUCUCUCUAAUCUCCUUCAUUCGCUGUGAUCUCCUCUCUUCUUUUUAUCCAAAAGAGUAGUUUCCAAAAGUGCAGAAAGAAUCGAUCUUGCGAAGUGGGUUCUUUGAUAAUUUCCAAAAUGGGUUCUUCCGUGGAGCAGAACAUUCUUGUCACUGGUGGUGCUGGAUUCAUCGGGACACAUACCGUUGUUCAACUUCUGAAAGAGGGUUUUAAGGUUUCGAUCAUCGAUAAUCUUGAUAAUUCUGUUAUCGAAGCCGUCGAUAGGGUUAGGGAGCUUGUUGGUCCUGAUCUCUCCAAGAAACUCGAGUUUAAUCUGGGUGAUCUAAGAAACAAAGGUGAUAUUGAGAAACUCUUCUCCAAACAAAGAUUCGAUGCUGUGAUCCAUUUUGCGGGUCUUAAAGCUGUGGGUGAGAGUGUUGGAAACCCUCGCCGCUACUUUGACAAUAACUUGGUCGGAACAAUCAAUCUGUAUGAGACCAUGGCAAAGUACAACUGUAAAAUGAUGGUGUUUUCAUCAUCUGCAACUGUUUACGGACAACCUGAAAAGAUUCCAUGCAUGGAAGACUUCGAAUUAAAGGCUAUGAAUCCUUAUGGUCGUACUAAGCUCUUUCUUGAAGAAAUAGCUAGAGAUAUCCACGGAGCGGAACCAGAAUGGAGAAUUGUUCUGCUGAGGUACUUCAAUCCCGUGGGAGCUCACGAGAGUGGCAGAAUUGGCGAGGAUCCAAAGGGAAUCCCCAAUAACCUCAUGCCUUACAUCCAACAAGUGGCCGUUGGAAGACUACCUGAACUCAAUGUCUAUGGACAUGACUAUCCUACCGAGGAUGGUAGUGCGGUCAGAGACUACAUCCACGUGAUGGAUUUGGCAGAUGGUCAUAUAGCUGCGCUAAGGAAGCUAUUUGCUGAUCCAAAGAUUGGCUGUACUGCUUACAAUCUAGGGACUGGAAGAGGAACGUCUGUGUUAGAAAUGGUUGCAGCUUUUGAGAAAGCUUCCGGCAAGAAAAUCCCGAUCAAGCUCUGUCCGAGAAGGUCAGGAGAUGCAACAGCAGUUUAUGCUUCAACAGAGAGAGCUGAGAAAGAACUUGGCUGGAAGGCAAAAUAUGGAGUGGAUGAGAUGUGCAGAGACCAGUGGAAUUGGGCAAACAACAAUCCAUGGGGUUACCAGAGGAAGCUUUGAGUGUACUCUCUCUCUGUUUUGUUUGGUUUUGUUUUAGUGACCUUUACUAAUCACUCAAUAUAAACGAAAAGUGUGUAUACACAUAUUAUAGUUGUGCUUUAAUUUUCCAUGUAUCGAACGAGUCUUUUACUUCGAUGAAUAAAAUAGCAAGUUGAUUCUAUU